AUGCAGGCGGAGCAGUACGAGAAGAUGGUCCAGGAUCAGCGGACCUUCUUCCUUCAGAGCGAGCGCAUUGCGGUGAGCGGCGGGCCCUCGAUGCUGGCCAGGCACCCGUGCGGGGAGAUCGCGCUGGUGCCGCGGCCGCUGUCCAUGGCGAACGAGCAGCCGGAGGUGUGGGACGUGGGCACCGCGGUGGCCAACCCGUACGUCGUGGACUCGUGGCCCUUCGAGCCGAACGUCCUGGCGCGCCGCACGAUGCAGGAGGCGCCCACCAUGCAGCCCUUCAAGGAGGAGACCGAGGAGGACCUCCGGGAGGCCAGCGGCCCCGCCCGGAGGAGCCCGUUCGGCGCCUUCGACUUCCGCCUGGCCAUGCCGACGCGCGACAGCGAGGACGAGGACGACGGCUUCAACAGCCGCUACGGGGGCCCCACGGAGACCUCCCGGAGCAUGUGA